CCGCAUUUUCUAGUUAUAAAGAGAUUAGUUUGACUCAAUCGAACUUACACCAAAAUAACUCCAUUGACUUGUGAAUAAUGCAUUUACCUAAUGAUAUACCUAAUCUUAAUAAGGGUAUGUAUUUUCAUGUGCAGUGAUGUCGGGAGACAACCACGAGGGCGUCGUGAGGCAGGGGAUGCAGAACGGAGCUAUUUCGUUCAUCGAGAAACCCGUGUCUGCAAACGCCCUGACGUGUCUCUGGAGGUUCCUAACCUCGCAAGGGAAGGGCGAAGUCAGGUGCAGUGCCAUGGAGGUGCCAGUGGAGAUCAUCAGUUCUCCACCUGCAGCCGCCGUGCCGCCAGGAUGUCCGCGGGGACAUGGACGGACGGCAGCUGGCAGUCGUGGUGGCGGUUCUGAACCCGGAGUGGCGGUGAAGAAGAAGAUGGUGUGGACGGACCCACUCCACUUCAAGUUCUUGGAUGCCGUCAAUACUCUUGGCAUUGAGAAUGCUGUGCCGAAGAAUAUACUGAAGGCCAUGAAUGUGAAAGGAUUGACAAGGGAGAAUGUGGCUAGUCACUUGCAGAAAUAUCGGCAAUUCCUCAGGCGGAACAUUCAAGAACUCCAAAACGGCUUGUUGUCCGGCGCCGGCUACCAGCCAAGAUUUGCCCCCAAAAGGGUCAGCAGAUUCGCCAAGCUCGAACAGCUCUUCACCCACGCCCAACUCGAGGCCGCCUCCGCCGCCGUCUCGCCGUCUCCGUCCGCCGGGAACACUUCAUGUGCGGCGCCUCCUCUGUCAAGCCACGACGAAUCACUCUUCUACCGGGGCUGGACCAGAGACCCCAUCGCCGGAAACGCCAAUUCCCAUUACCCCUCGCCGGAGACGUUUUUCCCCAACGGAUCCGGCGAAUACGAAUCAUCGUCUUCAUGCUUCGGGAACUUUAGCGUUGUUCCGGGAAACGUGGAACAGAGUCAAAACAUGGCGGCGGCUGCCGGGUGUUAUUAUGAUAGCGUUCUCCCCGAGAACGAUGAUCUUCUUUCCGGCGUCUUAAACUUCAUCGGAGAAUCCGAAGACGUCGGCGACGGGGAAGGGUACAGCUCGACGUGCUCGUAUUCAACGCCGCCGCAGUACUUGGUGCCGCAGUUCGGUGAGAGCGACAUGAUGCAGGUUUCGCCGCAGCAAGAUUUUCCGAUGGAUUUCCCGGCGGCUUUCGGAGGCUGGGGCGAAAAUUAUGUUACUUAUGCGGCGGCGCAAAAUCCAAUCUGCGAGUUCUCCAUGCAGAACAUGACUGAUAAUAAUUCAGGGGGCUAUCAAUUUAAUCUAUACUAUCCCAAUAACUAUCAGCAAGUUGGGAAUGAAGAAGCAUUGAUGAUGCAGAAGUAUAAUCCUGAGGAGGGUGUUGGGUUUGACCAGUGGUAUGACUAUUCUCAAUGGCUCACUCAGCCUUUUCUGCAGCGCGACAACGAAGAUGACGCCUUUGUGCAAUCUAUCUUCGCUGCAAACCCAUAUGGAGUGGGAGCUGCGGCCAAUGCUCAAGCCUUCUUCUGAUAGAUCUCAUUUGUUUGCUUGUUUGUUUGUUUGAGAAAGAGAUUGCCAAUAUUAAUGCUGGACAUGUAAAUAUUUAAUUUGGAUUAUGUGUAAAUUAUUUGCAAGGUAAUUACUAUGUCUGCUAAAAACAAAUGGUACUAUAAGAGAGUGGGUUCAGAAGUUUAAUCUCGUGUCAUUCACCAAAGUCUAGUAUUAUAUUAUGGCUAAUUGAAUUGAUGAUAUGGCAUGAAUUGAUGCAUAUAUACAUCAUACUCCCACCAUCAUCCCAUCAAGUUUUGGGACAUGGGG